AUGCUGCUGAUCAUUAAAGCUCUUCUUCUCCUCGUUAUAGCUGCUCUAGGACAGGAUCACAGAGCUGCUGCUGAAGGACAGAUAUUUUCACUGGAUAUGGCACUGAAUUCAGUUGAUGAUCAAUAUAAGGGCUGUAGAGAGAAAAUGGCUGACCUGGUGGAGACAAAAUAUAUGAAGCAAGAAAUGUCUAACCCCAAAUCUAAAUUUGCAAUUGCUUGGAAACUUGCUGAAAAGAAAUACAAGCCACCAGGAGAUAACUUGACAAAGAAUCAUUCAAUUGCUAUUUAUGUGUACACUAACUCAGGUUUUGGGGUACAUAAGAAGUUUAAUGAAGCUGAUCGUAAUGACAAGAACAGAUACAAAAACUAAACAUACAAAUGGUAUUCACUUCACUUUCUGUUAACAGAUGCGAUACAGAUUCUGAAGAAAACACAAAAGAAAUGCUAUUCAACUUAUCGUGGUACAAAUCUUAAAUUUAUACAGAAUGUUCGGAACAAAAAAGUUAGUUUUGGAUCAUUUACUUCUUCCUCUAUGAAUCGUAACAAAACAAAGUUUUUUGGAACUGUAUCUUGUUUUGAAAUCAAAACUUGUGAAGGUGCUGAUCUAACAAAAUAUUCAAAGCUUCCUCAUGAGGAAGAGGUGCUGAUUCCUCCAUAUGAGAUGUUUAAAGUCACUGCUGUCAAGACAAGAAGAGGUCAAACAGAUCUCUGGUGUGACACCGUGUACACUUUGAAAAACUCUGGUAAGAGAAGUGACCUCAACUGUGCUCUAUUCAAUAAACCAGCCAAGACCAUAACAAAAUACUAUGCUGAGCAGUGAACAGUGCUUUAAACUUCCAC